CAGAUCGGAAGUAGUGAGACAGUAAAACUACUCCUAGACAAGGGGGCUGAUGUAUCUGCACAAGAUGUAUAUCAUAGGACUCCUCUAUACAUGGCAGCAAUGAGUAAAAGUAGUGAGACCGUGAAACUACUCCUAGACAAGGGGGCUGAUGUAUCUAUACAAGAUAUAGAUCGUGCUACUCCUCUACACCUGGCAGCACAGAUUGGAAGUAGUGAGACAGUGAAACUACUCCUAGACAAGGGAGCUGAUGUAUCUACACAAGAUAGAAAUGGUGCUACCCCUCUACACCUGGCAGUCAAGGAUGAAAGUUAUGAGACAGUGAAACUUCUCCUAGACAAGGGGGCUGAUGUAUCUAUACAAGAUGAAGAUGGUAAGACUCCUUUACACCUGGCAGUAAUAAGUGGAAGUAGUGAGACAGUGAAGCUACUCCUAGACAAGGGGGCUGAUGUAUCUACACAAGAUAGAAAUGGUGAUACUCCUCUACACCUGGCAGCACAGAUUGGAAGUAGUGAGACAGUGAAGCUACUGCUAGACAAGGGGGCUGAUGUAUCUGCACAAGAUAAAGAUGGUGCUACUCCUCUACACCUGGCAGUAAAUAGUAGAAGUAGUGAGACAGUGAAGCUACUCCUAGAUAAGGGGGCUGAUGUAUCUACACAGGAAAAAUAUGGUGCUACUCCUCUACACCUGGCAGUAAAUAGUAGAAGUAGUGAGACAGUGAAACUACUCCUAGACAAGGGAGCUGAUGUAUCUACACAGGAUAAACAUGGUACUACUCCUCUACACCUGGCAGUAAAUAGUAGAAGUAGUGAGACAGUGAAACUACUGUUAGACAAGGGGGCUGAUGUAUCUGCACAAGAUAAAUAUGGUGCUACUCCUCUACACAUGGCAGCAAGGGAUGGAAGUAGUGAGACACUGAAACUACUCCUAGACAAGGUAGCUGAUAUAUCUACACGAGAUCAAGAUGGUAAGACUCCUCUACACACGGCAGCAAGGUAUGGAAGUAGUGAGACAGUGAAACUACUCCUAGACAAGGGAGCUGAUGUAUCUACACAAGAUCAAGAUGGUAAGACUCCUCUACACAUGGCAGCAAGGUAUGGACGUAGUGAGACAGUGAAGCUACUCCUAGAUAAGGGGGCUGAUGUAUCUACACAGGAAAAAUAUGGUGCUACUCCUCUACACCUGGCAGUAAAUAGUAGAAGUAGUGAGACAGUGAAGCUACUCCUAGAUAAGGGGGCUGAUGUAUCUACAAAAGAUCAAGAUGGUAAGACUCCUCUACACAUGGCAGCAAGUUAUGGAAGUAGUGAGACAGUGAAACUACUCCUAGACAAGGGAGCUGAUGUAUCUACACAAGAUAAAGAUGGUGAUACUUUUCUACACCUGGCAGCAAAGAGUGGAUGUAGUGAGACAGUGGAACUACUCCUAGACAAGGGAGCUGAUGUAUCUACAAAAGAUCAAGAUGGUAAGACUCCUCUACACCUGGCAGCAAGGAGUGGAAGUAGUGAGACAGUGAAACUACUCCUAGACAAGGGAGCUGUUGUAUCUACACAAGAUAGAAAUGGUAAUACUCCUCUACACCUGGCAGCACAGAUUGGAAGUAGUGAGACAGUGAAGCUACUCCUAGACAAGGGGGCUGAUGUAUCUGCACAAGACGAUGGCAGUAAGACUCCUCUACACCUGGCAGCAAAGAUUGGAAGUAGUGAGACACUGAAACUACUCCCAGACAAGGGAGCUGUUGUAUCUACAAAAGAUAGAAAUGGUGCUACUCCUCUACACAUGGCAGCAGGGAGUGGAAGUAGUGAGACAGUGAAACUACUCCUGGACAUGGGGGCUGAUGUAUCUACAAAAGAUCAAGAUGGUAAGACUCCUCUACACAUGGCAGCAAGGGGUGGAAGUAGUGAGACAGUGAAACUACUCCUAGACAAGGGGGCUGAUGUAUCUACAAAAGAUCAAGAUGGUAAGACUCCUCUACACCUGGCAGCACCGAGAGGAAGUAGUGAGACAGUGAAGCUACUCCUAGACAAGGGGGCUGAUGUUUCUACACAAGACAAUGUCAGUAGGACUCCUCUACACCUGGCAGCAAGGAGUGCAAGAAGUAAGACAGUGAAACUACUCCUAGACAAGGGAUCUGAUGUAUUUACAAAAGAUAGAAAUGGUCAGACUCCUCUACACCUGGCAGCAGAGAGUGGAAGAAGUAAGACAGUGAAACUACUCCUAGACAAGGGAGCUGAUGUAUCUACACAAAACAAUGUCAGUAGGACUCCUUUACACCUGGCAGCACAGAUUGGAAGUAGUGAGACAGUGAAACUACUGCUAGACAAGGGGGCUGAUGUAUCUACACAAAAUAAAGAAGGUGAUACUCCUCUACACCUGGCAGUAAAUAGUAGAAGUAGUGAGACAGUGAAGCUACUCCUAGAUAAGGGGGCUGAUGUAUCUGCAAAAGAUAGAAAUGGUGAUAGUCCUCUACGCCUGGCAGCACAGAUUGGAAGUAGUGAGACAAUGAAACUACUCCUAGACAAAGGGGCUGAUGUUAUCUAUCCAAGAUAA